AUGUCGCUAAAAAAAAAUCCUAUGCGAUAUGCUCAUCAAGAAGGACACACUGAUGUUUGUUAUUAUUCCGGCCAAAAGAGAGGACUAAUUACUUGUGGCUGUGAUGGAGAUGUUAGAUCCUGGUUGAAUAUAGUAGACGAUGAUCCAACCACUAGUUGUAUCUCUGAACAAGCAAUUACAGCAAUUUCAAAGAAUGGCAAGAUUUUUGUAGGUAAUGAUAAUAAUACAGUACAAAUACUCACUUAUCCUGACUUAGAGAAGGAAGGAAUAGUAACUAGAUUUUCAGCACCAGUCUCAGCAUUGGCCACAGCAAAAGACAGUAACUUGAUAGCAUCUGGAUCCUGUGAUAUGCGAAUACAAGUCACAAACAUCAAUACAUUAGAUAGCACAGAAUUAGAGGGACAUGAAGCACCUAUCUUGGGCUUGUCGUUAGAUCCAAAAGAAGAAUUUGUGGCAUCCUCUAGUGCAGAUGGAUCCAUUCGAAUAUGGAAUAUUAAAGAGAAGCGAGCUACACACAUUUGGAAUAAUAUUGUGCCAAAAUGUAAUUCAUUUUUUACUGCAAAAUCAUAUUGCACACCAUCUUUUAAAUGUACAGAUGGUAGCUGUCUCGCAUAUCCAUCCAACAAAGAUGUAGUAAUAGUGGAGAGAUCAUCCUGGAGGGAAUUGUAUAGACUAAAAUAUCCUAAUUUGAAAGCUGAUUUCAGCAUUUGUAAAUUUUCCGAAUGUGGCACACGUGUUGCUGCUAGUUCACUGUAUGGAGAAAUAGUUGUAUGGGAUAUAGAAUCUAAAAAUGUGAUUGGAUAUCUUGAACACGAACAGAAUAGUAAAAUCACUGCGUUAGUUUGGCACCUUGAUCAUUCCAAUGAAAUUGCAUUCUGUGAUGCACUUGGCAAAUUAGGGUGCAUUGAUGUGAUAAGCCCUGAUAAAUCUGAGAUUGAAGCAAUCCCAGAUUUGGAGAAAAAUGAAUACAUAACAAAAGAUCGAGUAGAGGACGUCGAAGAGGACGACAACGAGGAAAAUGCGAUAUCUUUGGAUAAAAUUAAGGCUUCUGCUAAUUUGCAAGAUAACGAAAACGAAGAUUCCGACGAUGGCAGCUCCGAUGCACCUGCGAAUAAUAUGAAAAUCGUGGCCGAUCUACAAUCGUGUUUUCAACCAAGCUCGACACCCUCUCAUUUAUUGUCCUACUACAUGGUGUGGAAUGAUGUGGGUAUGGUCCGGAGUUUCUCAGUGGACGACGAGAAAGAUAGCAGCAUUGAAGUGGAAUUUCACGACGCUACGAUUCAUCGUAGCAUGCAUAUCAACAAUUAUAUGAAGCACACUAUGGCUGCUUUAUCUGCUCAAGCACUCGCAAUGAGCUGCCAAGCCUUGGAGGAUAGUCCUAGUAAAAUAGUCGUGUUGGCUCUACAAGGUUGGGGCACCGGAAAUAAGGAGUGGUCCAUGGAUAUGCCGGAGGACGAACAAGUGGAGUGUAUAGCGGCCGGCGACAAUUUCGUAGCGGCCGCUACAUCUAGAAGAAAUUUAAGGAUAUUUAUGAUAGGUGGCACGCAGCGCGAGGUCAUAGGUUUGCCCGGGCGCGUGGUUACGAUGAACGGUUUGAGAAAUCACCUUCUAAUAGCUUAUCAUACCGCAGUUGGUACGAACGGCGAUCAGCAUAUAAACCUACUGUGGAUACAAGUGCAAGGAGUCUCCUUACGAAGUCAAACCCUGACGGUACCUUUGUCUCCAAGUUCGGAUCUCAUGUGGUUGGGAUUGACCUCCGACGUUGGCUCUCCCAUCACCAUGGAUGCCGAUGAUGUUGUUAGGAUAUACGACAAAAGGUCUUGCCUAUGGAGAGUGGUAUGCGAUACGAAUAUAACGAACAAGGGCAAGUCGGAUCAUUACUUCGUGAUCGGUGUGAGUGAACGGGAGCAAAUUAUGCGCUGCAUCCUGUGUAAAGGUGGUUUUUACCCACCCACAACACCACGGCCGAUAGUCACCGAGGUGCCGUUCUCCGUGCCUCUUUGCGAACCGGAAUCUGAGAGGACGGAGAAGGAACGCAAAUUGUGGCAGAUAGGCAGCAGUCCGUUGGACGAGACUGAAGCAAUAUUAAUUCUAAUAGCGCACGCCUGUCGAAACAAUCUGGAAUAUCGCGCGGUGGAUAUCUGCGAGCAAAUCGCUUCCGUGGAGGCGAUAGAUAUGGCUAUCAAAUACGCCAGGCGUAUCAAUAAAAGAGCGUUGGCGAGUAAGCUGGAGUCGAUCGCCGAUAUGAAGGAGGAAAAGAAGGAGAAGGAAAACACGGAGAAUCAUCAGGACAAUUUCACGAAUGACGAUUCUAAUAAUAUCCACGAUGAGGAGACAGACGAUGUGCCAUUACCAGCUAUUAAGAAACCAGAAGUGGAGAUCAAGCCGUUGGCGAUGAGCCAGACAUUGAGGAGAGUGAAUCCAUUUUUAAAAUCGGAAAACUCUUCUCCAUCGGCGAGAGGUUUAGCUGGCUUGAACAAUUUGCCGGAGAAACCUCAGAAGGUUGCGCCAAUAAAAUCCGUGAUGGCCAAGCCGAAAUCAAAAGAUGGCCCUAAGAAAGAAUCGUUCGUUAACUGGUACGCCAAGAACAAGAAGAAUCUGCAGGAAGAAUUUCCCGAACUAAGUAUUCCCGAGUUAACGAAAAUCGGCUUAACGCGAUUCAAAGAGCAGACGAAGCAGCCGAGUUCGGACACUGUGACAGGCUCGACAACGAGGGAGGAUAAGAAACGAAAAUUGUCGAAUCCUGAGGACGAGCACGAAACAAAACGAUCCACUGCCAGCAUCCUUAGUGAAUUCGCGUACGACAAGUAAAUUUUGUCCCAAACGGUUAAAUGGAAAUCACAUUUUAAUACUUGCUUAAUCGAUCGUUUUAAUAUACGCGAUAAGUUUUAUUAUUAUCGCGCUUUUUAUUCUCACGAAAUUAAACAAGAUUAAAGGGAUACGAAUGAUUCCUUUCUUUUUCGUUUGUACACUUGUAUAUUUAUUUAUAUUUGUGUUCCGUUAUAUGUAUAUUAAAAGAGGAUUCACGAAGUGAGAAAUCAAUUGUACCGAUGUUAAAAAUAUGACGAGAGAAAUUGACUUCGUAACUCCGAAGUAUAGCAUUGAGGAAGCCUUUGAGAACAUUGCAAUAAAUCAGCUGUUAUUGAGA